AAGACACAAGACCUCCAUGCUUGUGAUUACAUUUGUAGUCAUGCGUCGAGACAUUAUAGUGAAUGGCAGAUAGACUAUUAAGAUUAUAGCUAAAGAUCAACAUGAGCCUCGUCAGCAUCACCUUUCUUGUCUUUAUCUCAGUUUUUUUCGUGUGCGGAUGCAAAAUAGAUGUCCAGCAGUCAAAAAAUAAGAUGCAAAUGAAAGAACAAAAGUCUGUCUCUGUCCCCUGCUCUUGUAACAUAUCCAGAUGUCUAAAAAAUGGUCUUGACAAUCUAAAAAUCUCUUGGUAUGUGUUCCGCAAAGAUAUGCCCUACCAGAUUGAUUUGAAUAACCAACCAACCAAGUACACACUAGAGGGUCACAGUUUAAAAAUCAGCUAUUUGUCGACUAAAGACUGUGGAGUGUAUUACUGUGCGGCUGCUCUGUCUAAUGUGGUGGGCAUGGGGGCGCAGGCAAUUGGGCCAGGAACUACUCUACAAGUGACAGAAAGGGGUCUUAAUAUUCCUCAAACUUUGCUGUUGACAUUGCUUGUUCUACUGAUUAUAUACAGCCUCCUGGUCCUGGGUAUUAUCAUCUGCAUAAAGACUGGACACGUUAAAUCACUUGGUAGAGGAAGAUGGAGUGAAAGAAAGACACAGGACCAUUCUAGGCAAGUGGUUUUCCGUGGAGUGGUGCAAGAACUUUACAAGAGGAACUUAGUUCAUGACAAAAUUCCGGCACGUUGCAAGGAUAAAAGUCCUCAAACCCAGGACAAGAAUGAGGAUAUUUACCAAAAUCACUGAUACGCAAGUCAUCCAUCUGAAGAUUAACUAUUGUACGAAACUAUGAACUACAUUUAACAUUUUAAAAUAGUUGAAUUGUGAAAACUGUGACAUGUCUAAAGAGUCUAAUCUGAAAUGUAAUAUAAUGAAAGAUAUAAUAAAAAUGUGUGUAUAUUAAAUAUAAAUAAUUUACUGUAACCUAUAAAACUGUGAUUCACUGUAAAUGUUAUAAAUUUAACUGUGGGAAGAUUUACUUAAGAUAUGAUGUUGACAUCUACAAUA